GUGUUAUGAGAGAUCGUUUGGCUUCGGACCCUCUUCAGUCUACUGUAGCAUAUAUAAAUGGAACGCGCUCUAUAGCGCUAAUCACAUAUACUUUGUCACCAAAUAGUUAGUUCUCUUCGUUAUCCACACUCCAGCAACCCUAUUAUAAUACAGUAUGAUGUCUGUAUGCCGUUCUGUAUGCAUGUUAGUCGCCGUGUGCGUGCUGCUGCUUGUCUCCGUCGCCGACGCAAAACUGAAGGAAGGAGAGUGUGAUGUCUGCAUCGGAAGUUUGACAAAGCUUAAAUCCGAAGUUACAAGUGAGCAGAAGAAAACAGUGGACAGUUACGAAACCUACAUAAAGGAAUGGUGUGAAGCGCAUCCCCAUGGAAACAAGGAAGAAAGAUUUUGCUAUCUCAUCGGUGGGUUGGAGGCCAGUGCAACUAAGACGAUUAAGGAUGUGUCUGUACCUCUACACAACAACCUACCGCCAGCCCGUAUCUGCGAGAAGCUCAAGAAGACCAACUCGGCCAUCUGCGAGCUUGCUUACGACAAGGAAAUCGAUCUGUCGAACCCAGCCAAGCUGAAGAUCAAGGAGCUGAAGAAGGUACUUGCCAACUGGGGCGAGAAGUGCAACGGCUGCGCCGAGAAAGCUGACUUCGUGAAGAUGGUCAACGAUCUGAAGCACAAGCACACCGAACUAUAAAUAGCGCAGCGCUUUAGUCCUGCUUCGUGGGGCGUAAGGACGACUGCGGGAUUUUGACGUCUGGGAGAAAACGGAGACAUGAAUGUAGUUGCAUCGUUCAUGCAGUUGCUUGCUAGUUUGCCAUAUUGCAUGGACGCUGACUUGCCUAGCCAUGGUGGCGAUUGUUCCACCACGAAUUUAAAUUGCGGUUAAUAAAAAAACAAUCGAGCAAUAUCGUUCUGCAAAUGUG